UGACACCUAAGGUUAGGUGUUUGUAGCACAGCACAUAUGUGACCCCUUAAACCAAAGUCUCCCCCUUUUCUGUUUCCGAAUAUGCCACUCUCUUCUCUUCAACAUUCUGCUUGCUUCUUGUCUCCAUUUUCUUCAAUCUUUUCUCAUCAAGUAACCCUGAUCGAUCAUCAAUUAAGGCUUCCAAACUUCAACACCGACGAUCAAUUUCAGUGAUUUUUAGUUGAAAAACUUAGACCCAAUUUCAAGCUUGCGGUUCUUGAUCGAGUGUGCGAGAAGCUAUUUGUGUAUGUUAGAAUAGUGGGUUGUUCUUAAUUGUAGAGAAUAGUUGCAAGUGGAGGUUGUGUUGGGUGGUGUUUCAACUUGCACACCAACUGUUUGGUAAAUUGCUUGAACGAAGUGUUUGAACAAAUUAGACCCAAUUUCAAGUGUGUGAUUCUUGAUCGAGUGCGAGAAUCUAUUUGCGUAUGUUAGAAUAGUGGGUUGUUCUUAAUUGGAGAGGAUAGUUGCUGGUGAAGGUUGUGUUGGACUUGCACAUCAACUAUUUGAUAAAUUGUUUGAACAAAUUUGAUCCAGUUUCAAGUGUGUGAUUCUUGAUUGAGUGUGCGAGAAUCUAUUUGUGUAUGCUAGAGUACUGGGUUGUUCUUAAUUGGAGAGAAUUGUUGCUGGUGAAGGUUGGGCUGGGUUGGGUUGGGAGGUGUUUCAACUUGCACACCAAGUGUUUGAUAAAUUGCUUGAACGAAGUGUGCAUCUGGUUUAAGGUGUUUUAAUGGCGGAAAGCAGUGGGAAGCGUGAGAUGGCAACAUCUGCUGAUAUGUUGCGGAAUACGCCAUCGAAUAUACGGAGGUUAGCUGAUGAGAUACAGCAGUGUGAGGGGCGGCAGAAGUAUCUUGCGCAGACGAGAAGCCCGUCCGAUGGGGGUGAUGUUCGGUGGUACUUUUCGAAGAUCCCAAUGGCGGAAAAUGAGCUAGCUGCUGCUAUCCCACCCACUGAAGUCGUAGGAAAAGGUGACUAUUUUCGAUUUGGUAUGCGGGAUUCUCUUGCUAUAGAAGCAUCAUUCUUGCAGAGAGAAGAAGAGUUGCUCUCUAAUUGGUGGAGAGAGUAUGGUGAAUGUAGUGUGGGCCCGAAAGGAUCACUUUCUUCAAUUUCAGAGUCAAAUGAUUCACCAAACGCGCAAUCAAGCAAACUGUAUGCAAACGAAGAAGAAAGAGUUGGUGUUCCUGUGAAAGGAGGCUUGUAUGAGGUAGACUUAUUAAGAAGACAUAGUUUUCCAGUUUAUUGGAGCGGAGAUAAUCGACGAGUUCUUCGAGGCCAUUGGUUUGCUCGUAAAGGGAGUCUUGAUUGGUUUCCACUCCGUGAGGAUGUUGCUGAACAGUUGGAGUUCGCUUAUCGCAGCCGUAUUUGGCACCGUAGAACGUUUCAACCAUCUGGAUUGUUUGCUGCGCGAGUUGAUAUGCAAGGUUCUAGCCCGGGGUUACAUGCACUUUUUACGGGCGAGGAUGAUACAUGGGAUGCAUGGCUAAAUAUUCCCUCAUCGGGAUUUUCUGGCGUAGUGAAUUUUGGCGGGACGGGCCUCAAGUUAAGGCGUGGGUAUGCUCCAUCUCAUUCACCAAAACCGACCCAGGAUGAGCUACGCCAACAGAAAGAGGAAGAAAUGGACGAUUACUGUUCACAGGUUCCAGUUCGACAUCUAGUAUUCAUGGUUCAUGGUAUUGGUCAAAGGUUACAGAAAGCAAAUUUGGUUGAUGAUGUCGGCACCUUCCGUCUAGUCACGCAGAAUCUUGCUGAUCUUCACUUGACGUCUUACCAACGUGGAACUCAAAGAGUUCUUUUUAUUCCAUGCCAGUGGAGGAAAAACUUAAAGCUAAGUGGUGAAUCUGCUGUAGAAAAAUGCACAUUACCUGGUGUACGCGGGUUGAGAAUAACGUUAAGUGCAACUGUUCACGAUGUCUUAUACUACAUGAGUCCAAUCUACUGCCAAGAUAUCAUUGACUCGGUUUCCAACCAGUUAAACCGGUUAUAUAUGAAGUUUCUUAAGAGGAAUCCUGGUUAUGAUGGAAAGGUUUCCUUAUAUGGCCAUUCGUUAGGAAGUGUACUCUCUUACGACAUACUUUGUCACCAAGAAACCCUAUCGUCCCCAUUCCCAAUGGAAUGGAUGUACACAGACCAAACCCAUGAAGUAUCUCCUGAGCGUAAUUCUUCCGUAAAUUCACCGGAAAAUGAUCUAGUCACAAACAACGAGGGUAUGGAUACGGUAGCUUCACACACGGAGGGCGUAAAUGGAAAGUUGUCAAUAGCAACAGAUUCCGAGAAAGACGAUAGUCUGGUUUUAGACGAAGUUGUAGUCAAAUCUGGCGAUGAUCCAAUUGAAAUGCAAUCUGAGAAUAAUGAAGUAUUAACGAGCGACUCAAGUCAAGUUGAUGAGGAAAUUAACGAGAAUGAUGAAAGCGUAGUAAUCAAGUCGUUGAAGGAAGAGAUCGAUUGUUUGAACGCUAGAGUUAGAGAAUUAGAGUCACAAAUAGCUGAAGCCAAUAAGCAGGAAACUUCAACCUCAAGAAACGAAAGCGUGUCUGAGAGUUUUCCGUCUUCAAAAAAUGAUUCUCGGAAGAGUUACACCCCUUAUAUAAAGUACACCAAGUUGUUGUUCAAGGUGGAUACGUUCUUUGCAGUUGGGUCUCCACUUGGUGUAUUUCUUGCCUUACGCAAUGUUCGCAUUGGAAUUGGAAAAGGAAAAGAUUAUUGGGAAGAUGAAAAUAUAAUUGAAGAAAUGCCAUGUUGUCGUCAAAUGUUUAACGUUUUUCAUCCACAUGAUCCAGUGGCAUACAGAGUCGAACCACUUGUAUCUAAAGAGUAUAUAGACAAACGUCCGGUCAUUAUUCCUUAUCACAGAGGUGGAAAGAGACUGCAUGUUACAUACCAGGAAUUUGUAGAAGGAGUCGCAUCACGCUCUCAAGUGGUGGUUGAUAAAAUGAGCGUAGCAAAGGUUAAAGUACUCACAAUAUGUCAAUCAAGGGACAAUGAUGAUCAUGAAGCAGAAACGUCGGAAGAACCCGAAGAAAUUGAGAGAUCGUAUGGUUCAAGAAUGUUGGAGAGGUUAACAGGGAGUCAAGAUGGGCGAGUUGAUCAUGUACUUCAAAAUAAAACAUUUGAGCAUCAAUACAUAUCAGCUGUCGGAGCACAUACAAAAUACUGGAGAGAUUGUGAUACCGCACUAUUCAUAUUAAAACAUUUGUAUCGCGAUAUACCAAACGAACCCAAAACAUCUUCAGAGGACACUUUAAGUCAAGAAAACGCGGAUUGGGAAGAGUUAUUCGAUAACGAACAGCUUCCGUUAACUUUUGCCAGUGAGAAAUUCAUGAAGCAACUAUCGGUUAGAGUAAAAAAGUUCGCAAACCAAUGAAUCAUGCCGACUUUCCUCUUGAUAUGUACAUUAUGUAAACGCAGGCCCAGAAACAUUAAAAUUUGGCUCGAAAUAUAACACAGAAUAGAGUUCCAGCUGACUUUUAAAAUUCAAGGGAAAGUCACCCCCCCCCCUAAAUUGUAGAAAUGAAAACAUGUUGUACCGUGUGCUAGAAAACUUGUUCAAUAGAUUCGGUUUGAAACAUCAUGCUUGAGUGGUUGUAUAUAGCAACUGAUAGCCUAGAAAAACAAGGUAUGAAGGAUAAAUUCAGAUUCCAAUUUCAGUGAA